AUGCCGCAGCUUCCUUUCAGCGCCAUUGUGGUUGCUGUCUUGAUAUGGUGCCAUGUCCUCCCCACAAGCGCCUGGUACUGUGGCUUCUCCCACGUCAAUUGCAUCGACGGCCUCGCCCAGUCCUCUUCGUUUCUCAGCAUAGAUAGCUUCGCGUCACGCCCGCUGGGCUUUGUCUAUGGCUUUGAUGCCGGCUCCUCGCCCCAUGACGGGUCCCCAUCAAUCAAAGUCGGCUACUGGCUCCAGUACGAUGCCGACGAUCUCGAGGGCUGCAUUAAUGAAUUGUCGGGCGCCAAUCGGACGACAGAAAUUGCCCUGCGUAUCGCCAAUGCCCCGGACUGGCCCGGGUCGAUAAGCGGACAUCAUCACCAACACCACCAUAAAUGCCAAAGCAUCUGGUCACACGGAGACCAAUGCGCAGGCAGCCUGAAGGCCUAUUUACAAUUUGCAAUCUACAAACUAAGCACAUCGGGGAAACCUUACGACAGCCCCCUCGAAACUGCCCUCGAGCAGCUAAUGGACCCAGCUCUCGUCCACUAUCUACCCGGCUGCCCGCCGACCUUGUUUCAACAGGAUGCAAUUCCUGCCUAUCCUUUUGUCAACGAAACCUCGUUCGAUGGCCACUCCAGUGAUAUUAAAAUCGCCGAACCUGGCAAUCCUUUCUGUCCGUGGAGGACUAUGUACAUUCCAAACACGACUGCACAGCAGCAAGCUAGGCAAUGGGCCGUCGGUAUUGUGACUCGAGGACCACCUUUUGGCUCUGAACCAUUGCAGGGACCCGAAGAGGUCGAGGUCGAGCUGGUCUGCACAAGAGCACCCAGGGAAUUCCAUAUUGGUGAAAACGAGCACGACCACGACCACGACGACGAGCACAAUUACAAGGACAACGACGAUGCACGUUACCAUGUACCUGACUAUGACGGUGAUAACGGCGAUGAUCCAAACGAUUUGGGCGACGGCUUCGAGAACCACCCAGAUAUCUCUCGUUUAAGCUCUUUUUUAGGUGGCCGUGACAUAAUUGAUGCUUUCGACUUCGACGCUGACUACGACUUCGAUGACGAUGAAGAAGAAGCCGAGGACGAUUGCUCUUCUUCUGGGGACACCUAA